UAUGACCCCCACGCCGACGAUACUUUUGGAUAUUUAUGGGAAAGGAACCCUAAUCCAAUGUUGCGGCGGAAUCCGAUCUCUUGGAAGCUCUCAUCUCGCGCCUGCUCGUCCUCCGCCCUCAGUGACCAUGUCGGACGAGGAACAUCAUUUCGAGUCGAAGGCUGACGCCGGGGCGUCCAAGACCUACCCACAGCAGGCUGGGGCGAUCCGGAAGAACGGGUACAUCGUCAUCAAGGGGAGGCCUUGCAAGGUUGUUGAAGUUUCAACCUCGAAGACUGGGAAGCACGGUCAUGCAAAAUGUCAUUUUGUUGCCAUAGACGUCUUCAACGCAAAGAAGCUUGAGGAUAUCGUGCCAUCCUCACACAACUGUGAUGUUCCUCAUGUCAAUCGCACUGAUUAUCAACUGAUUGACAUCUCUGAGGAUGGAUUUGUGAGCCUUCUGAUGGAAAAUGGUAACACCAAAGAUGAUCUGAGGCUUCCAACUGAUGAGACUUUGCUUGCACAGAUUAAAGAUGGGUUUGCUGAUGGUAAAGAUCUGGUUGUUACUGUGAUGUCUGCAAUGGGUGAAGAACAGAUCUGUGCUCUGAAGGACAUCGGCCCCAAGUAGGUAUCAUGCUGCAGCUAAGAUUUCAGGAUUCUGAAGGAGCUAUUGGAUGUUUUGGCUUUUGAAGAAUAUUUAUCAGAUGGUUUCCUUGAGAUCCUCUUUUCUACUGGCCUGUAAUUGCUCAGGUAAUCACAGGUGGUGUACGAUUCAUAUAUGAAACUGUUGCCCUGGUGUUCCUUUUAGUGUCUGUAUUGGUUUGGCCCUGUUUUCUUCUGGCAAAUUCUACCCUAUUAGAACGAUAUGUUUUAUCCUUUUUUUAUUUCGACAAUUCCAUCUUUAGCAAUAUGUUCAAUAUGUUCUACUA